AUGAACGGUAGCGGUCACGGUGUAAACGGUACUUCCUCGUAUAGUUACAUGAUGAUAAACGGUGGCGACGUUCCCAGUCACGUAAAUGGGGAUAGGGAGAAUGGCAGAGUGAACGGACAUCAUCAGCAACACCAGCAGCAGCAGCAACACCACCAACAACCAUAUCCUACAAGUGGUCCCUCACACCCCACAACUGCAAUAUCACGUCAGAAUUCGUCCUCCUCGACCGCUUCGUCUGUUGCCCCCGCACAUGAGUCUUCAGCAGAGCUCCUUCGGCAGACCCUUUCCGGGAACAUAUUAAUCGCACCGAACACGCGCCCAAACAGUAGGUCAAGUUCUCGAAGAAGAAAAGCACGAACUCCACAAACUCCAAGAUCUGGAGUCCUUACCCCCGCCACUCUCCAUGGAUCGCCGGAGAAUUCUGAGAACGAGAGUCCAAGCGAAGAGAUCGUGGAUCAUGAAUAUGAAGGAAUGAGACAUGGAUUCGAGGACGAAUACAACUCAGAGGCCUAUCUGGCGGUUUUAGAGCAGGUUUUUUAUAUGUAUUAUACCGACAAGCGCCACGAGACUGGAGGCAAGCCGAAAGAGGACAACCAAACAUUUCCUUUGCAGGAAUGGCGAAUGCGCGACCGGCUGAAGACUGUUUCGGCUGCUUUGGUAUUAUGUUUGAACAUCGGCGUUGAUCCUCCCGAUGUCGUUAAGACAAAUCCCUGCGCAAAGCUUGAAUGCUGGGUCGAUACAACUCUUCAUCCCACUGCAAAGCCACUGGAAAAGAUUGGCAAGAAUUUGCAGCAGCAAUAUGAGACCUUGAGCAUUCGAACCAGGUAUAAACAGCAUUUAGACCCGUUCGUCGAAGACACGAAGAAAUUCUGCUGCUCUCUGCGGCGAAAUGCGAAAGAUGAGCGUAUUCUCUUUCAUUACAAUGGUCACGGAGUGCCCAAACCGACAUCCAGUGGAGAAAUAUGGGUUUUCAACAAAAAUUUCACCCAAUAUAUUCCAAUCUCGUUAUAUGAUCUUCAGAGCUGGCUUGGUGCUCCAAGUCUGUUCGUCUAUGACUGCAGCGAUGCCGGGAACAUUGUUACGAAUUUUAAUAGAUUUAUCGAAAAGCAUGAGCAGGAGAAUGCAGAACUUAGAGCAAAGGAUCCAAGCGCAAUAACGACGCCUUCGUAUAGUGACUGCAUACAACUUGCAGCCUGUGGAGCUAAGGAAACGUUGCCGAUGAAUCCGGAUUUACCAGCUGAUCUCUUCACCUGUUGUUUGACAACACCUAUUGAGAUCGCAGUUCGUUUCUUUGUAUUGCAAAACCCUUUGCCAUCGAACCCAUUGCCUGGAAGUCCGUUCCCGUCUAAGUUGACUGUGGAUAUGGCAAUGAAGAUCCCGGGGAGGUUGCAGGAACGAAGGACACCACUUGGAGAGCUUAAUUGGAUCUUCACAGCAAUCACUGAUACCAUUGCUUGGAAUACUCUCCCCCGGCCGCUUUUCAAAAAGCUGUUUAGACAAGACUUGAUGGUAGCAGCUCUUUUUAGAAAUUUUUUGUUAAGCCAAAGGAUUAUGAGGGUGCAUCAAUGCCAUCCUAUUUCUUCCCCUGCGUUACCAGACACUCACCACCACCCAUUAUGGCAGUCAUGGGACUUGGCAGUUGAAAUGGUUCUUGCUCAACUUCCUGCUCUGAAUGAUGCAGCGGAAGGCGGUCCACCGUAUGAAUAUCAACAUUCUGGGUUCUUUACAGAGCAACUUACGGCAUUCGAGGUGUAUCUUUCACAAGGUGCAGUUGACCGCAAGCCUCCAGAUCAGUUGCCCAUUGUACUACAAGUACUGCUAAGUCAAGUUCAUCGUCUCCGGGCCUUGAUCUUGCUCAGUAAAUUUCUUGAUUUGGGCCCCUGGGCUGUAAAUCUUGCACUGAGCAUAGGCAUCUUUCCCUAUGUCCUGAAAUUGCUCCAGUCUGCUGCCCAAGAGUUGAAGCCUGUCAUGGUUUUUAUUUGGGCUAGGAUCUUGGCCGUCGACGCAUCCUGUCAGGCAGAUCUAUUAAAAGAUAAUGGUUACAGCUACUUCAUCCAAAUUCUCAGUCCUGCGUCCGGUAUCCCGGUUGGAAACGCGAGUGAGCAUCGUGCUAUGUGCGCUUUUAUCUUGGCCAUGUUCUGUCGAGGUUUCCACCAGGGCCAAGUAGUAUGCAUGCCUCCGAACGUGAUGAGUGCAUGUCUCGCACAUCUUGGAGAUGAUAACCCACUUUUAAGACAAUGGGCCUGCCUUUGCUUAUCACAGCUUUGGUUUGAUUUCCCUGAUGCCAAAUGGCAAGGGAUCCGCGAGGGUGCGCAUCUAAGACUUUGUGAACUAGCAACGGAUAAUGUUCCGGAAGUCAGAGCAGCAGUAUUGUACGCACUUACUAGUUUCCUUGGGAUCCCGGAGAUGAGCGAAGAGGUUGCUAAAAUCGAACAGACUGUGGCGGGUGCGUUGUUGGUCAUGACGGCUGAUGGAAGUAACAUGGUCAGAAAAGAGCUGGUUAUUUUUUUGAGUGCAUUUGUGAAGCGAAACGAGAGUAAAUUUUUAGUGGCUGCAUUUGAACAGAUGAUGCAGGAGAAGGAAUGCAUGUACUCUGCAAAAGUAACUGAAACGACUAGCGCAAAGUCUGGUGGGGGAGAGAGACACCACAACCGAGUAGCAUCUGGACCGGGUUCUUUAGGAGGGGCUGGGUUAGGGACUAAUGGAGCUUUGCCGAAAAAGAAAGACUCAAUAUCUGGAAUUUCAGAGGAAACGAUAUUCGGGGCAGUAUGGCAAGCGCUACUCAUGUUCUCAGUGGACCCCUUCCCAGAAGUUGCGCAAUCAGCCGGAAUUGUCGUCGAUUACAUUCAUCUUGCACUUCUUGAUAGCCCUCUGGGAAGCGCAACGCAGGAAAUCAUUGAUGAGAUUUCGAGAGCUAGUCUGAGAGCUUUCAGUCUUACACUUCCUACAGCCAACGUACAGGACAACAGCAAUAAGCCGCCAGACUCGCCAGGCCUCGAUAAACGUGAGAACUACUUUUUAGGUUCACUCCGUAGAUCUGCGAGCAUUGCUGCGAGCUUGAAGAACUUGGCACUUGGGUACGCGAAUGGUGAUAGUGCGUCAAAUGGCGGCUCAGCACCAUCAACGCCGAAAGGGCCAAAAUCAAGCGUCGGGGAAAGAAGCCCAGAAUGGAACCGCCCUCCAGACGCCAACGACCCGUUGAGUUCGGGCUCGACCUAUCACUCUGCUAGACAACCAACACCCAGGAAUUUCCAGUCUAGAGAUAUCGGCGAAAAACCAACAAUUCCCCUUCAAAGUCAAUUUAUGGAGUGGUCGAUCGAGUACUUCCGUGAACCCCAAAUGAAACCCAAUGAGGCUGAUGAGCCGGGGAGUGUCGAUUACAACCAGAGAUUAUGGCGAAGGACUAGAAAUGAUAGAAUAAUAAUUGACACGCAGCCGCAAAAGGAACGGGCGGGGAGCUCAAGAUGGGAUCAUGUCAAGGGGUUCUUCAAUAAUGUCAGUCAACCAAUGAGGUUGAUGUUUCAUCAGUUUGAAAGUCACCUGGUAGCAGUUGAUGAUAAAGAUGGUGUUUCUGUCUGGGACUGGGAUAAGGGUGUUAAGACGAAUUACUUUUCAAAUGGGAACCCACCUGGAACAAAAAUCACUGAGAUCAAAUUUUUGAACGAAGAUGACGUUGCACUAUUGAUGACCGGCAGUGGCGAGGGUGUCGUGCGAAUUUAUAGAAACUAUGAGAGCUCAAAGGAUGUGGAACUGGUGUCUAGUUGGAGAGCACUUACAGAUUUGCUCCCGUCAAGACGAAGCUCAGGGCUGGUCGCAGAAUGGCAGCAAGGGAGAGGCACAAUGCUUGUGGGUGGGGACGUAAAAGUCAUCAGGGUUUGGGAUGCGCCUAGGGAGAUGUGUAUGAGCGAUAUUCCGGCACGUUCUGGGUCGUGUAUCACCAGUUUAACAUCCGAGCAAGUUGCGGGCAACGUCUUCGUAGCCGGUUUCGGAGAUGGAGCAUUGCGGAUUUACGAUCGCCGGCUACCAUCAAGAGACAGUAUGGUUAAGAGGUGGAAAGAACACAAUGCCUGGAUUGUAAAGGUUCAUAUGCAACGAGGAGGCAUGAGAGAACUUGUCAGUGGAAGCGCAACUGGUGAGGUUAAGUUAUGGGAUAUUAGGAUGGAUUCGCCAAUCAAAAGCUUUUUGGCUCAUACUAAGGGAAUGAGGAGUUUGAGUGUGCAUGAACAUGCUCCUGUUAUCGCAACUGGGUCGACUUAUCACGACGUUAAGAUAUGGAAUAUGGGGGCCUCAACCUUCGAGACUCCCCUUUCGACAAUAAGGCCUUAUAGUAGCUUUUUAUAUCAAAACCGCUCAAGUCCGGUCACAGGGCUUGCGUUCCACCCCCACCGGAUGAUGGUGGCAUGCUCUGGUUCCGGCGAUCAACACAUUAGCUUAUUUGCUUGCGAUUCCAAAGGAGGAAUUUAG